ACUGAAAAAAUUAGUUAUUUUGAAUCUCAUUUGAAAUUUGAUUUCUAUAUCAAUCGUGUAAUUUGUGUGAAAAAUCUGAAUGAAACAGAAAAACAGUAAACAAUUGUCUUCGUCUGUAUCGGACAGUGUGGUCGAUAAUACCAUCGAUGGCCAGUCUUGUAGUAGUAGUAAUAGCCAACGCUGUGCUGACACACCUAACGGUGUUGACCACCACUACCAUCAAUCGGUCACCAAUUCAAUGGUCAACGGUUUGUAUACAUUUCCAAACUGUUAUAUGAAACCAAAGAAAUCGAUGCUUAAGAGCAAAAAUAUGUCAAUCAAAGGUGACGACAGACCAGUCAUGAGUGUUUGGUUCGCCGAACCGAUUGAUCAAAUCAAGUGGUUUAUUAAAGAAGAAAAAGACAUUCAGUAUUCAUACCAUUCAAUGGUUCUCCGAAGUGACAAAACCCGAAAAGACAAACAACAACUGAUCAAUGAAAUCAAUAGCAAUAGUAUCAAUGGUAUGAAUGAGUUCAGCCAUAAAAUGACUGACCAGUUAUCGUCGUCGUCAUCUUCAUCGACAACCACUGGACAUCCAAUGUCACAAUACUCGUGCCGAAGACUCAGACGACGAUACAAAAAGCAAUAAUUAUUUUUACU